CUUCUUGUGAAUGAAGAAUGAAGCGAAAUGGCUAACACCAAAGCUGACGUUAAUAUACCGAAUUUUGAAUGUCCUUCAUGGGCAGGGAAGCCCCCUCCUGGACUUCAUCUGGACGUAGUGAAAGGAGAUAAACUCGUUGAGAAACUCAUAAUCGAUGAGAAGAAGUUCUACCUGUUCGGGAGGAACCCGGACAUGUGUGAUUUCACCAUUGACCAUCAGUCAUGCUCUCGCGCGCAUGCCGCUCUGGUGUACCACAAACACCUCAAAAGGGUGUUCCUUAUCGACCUCAACAGCACACACGGUACAUUUCUGGGCCACAUUCGGCUGGAGCCUCAUAAGCCCCAGCAGGUGCCUAUCGACUCCACCAUGUCGUUUGGGGCCUCCACGCGCUUCUACACCAUAAGAGAGAAGCCUCAGAGCCAACCUGGGGCGGCACCAGGAGACAGCAAGGCCGGGGAGGACGAGGAGCUCAAGGGCCUCCUGGGGUUACCAGAGGAGGAGACUGAGCUGGAGAAUCUGACCGAGUUCAACACGGCCCACAACAAGCGCAUCUCCAGCCUGACCAUCGAGGAGGGCAACCUGGACAUCCAGCGGCCCAAGAGGAAGCGCAGAAACUCCCGAGUGGCCUUUAAGGAGGACGACGAGAUCAUCAACCCAGAGGACAUAGACCCAUCAGUUGGACGCUUCAGGAACAUGGUGCAGACCGCAGUGGUUCCUAUGAAGAAGAAGAAACUGGACGGUUACCAGAAUGCGCUCGGCCUGGACGACUCGGUGCCUCGCUCACACACCCUCAGCCUCGGCGCCCGGGGUGGGCUUUACUCCGAUCUGCCACCCAGCCACCAGGAGGGGCACCCCGGGGCCACCAUCCUCGGGGGGCUGCCGCUGCCCCUGCCCAACCCCGCGCCAGAGGUGGACCUGGCCCCCGAGCCCCAGCUGCCGCCCAUCACCCUCAACCCCACCCCAGUGACGGGCCUCUACCCGCCCGAGGCCCUCAACGAGCCACGCAAGAAGAAGUAUGCCAAGGAGGCGUGGCCCGGGAAGAAGCCCACCCCCUCGCUGCUCAUUUAGCCAAUGGGGCGUCGGCGCUGUCUCGCGUGGGUGGACACUUCAUAGGGAUGGCACAAGGAGGAGUAUUGAAGAACAGGGAGGCGGCAGUUUGUGGACUGACUUUUUUCACACAUUUUUUACACAGAUCUAUUUAUACAGGGUUUGUCUCACUUUGUUAUGGGGUGGGUGGGGUGUGAAACUUGCUCCAGAAACUUGUAUUAGCCAAUGAGUGACACUUGAUUGCAUUCCAUCUGUUGUCAUCCAUCGCAAGGACCAUGAUUAGUCUGUUUCCCCUGACCCCAUCAUACCAAUUACGUACAAGACUGUGACGAGGUCGCCAUGUGAUUUCUGACUUUCGAUAACCCUGUGGUUUUGACAUCAUUUUAGUUUCGUUUUAUUGAGGACUUUUUAACAUGUACAGUGUUGCACCCCCAUGAAUCUUUGCAGGUUGCUUGCAUCAAAAGGCUCAUGGGUAUUCCUUCAUGUAGUAGAGUGCUAUGAAUGGUAGUUAUAUAUCUGCACUCGGACUCAGUCAGGGAUGGCCUCACUGUGACUUGUGUGUUUGGGUCUCUUCAAGGUUAUAUUUUCUUGAUGGUUAAUUUGUGUAAUUUGUACUUAAUUUCUUUAGCUAUUCAUACUUUGUCCUCUCUACACAUACAAAGGACAAAAUUUACCAUAUGUUAACAAAGCCAGUUCUCCAAGACCAGUGGAUUGAAAUGUCAAGUGGAGUGUCUGAAAGUGAAGACAUCUGUGGUCAACAACCGUACUGACCUCAACAAAAUGGACCGUUGAGGACAGAAGUGAAGAGUGCAAGCCAAACACUCCCCAGACCGGAAACCGUUAUUUGAAUGAUUUUUUUUUUGCAUCCACAAGAUGGUGCUGUGAGCAACACAACCUUCCGGAGUAGUUGAGUCUUACCAAUGUUGGGCAUUGUGGGCUGGUCUGGCUCACUUACAAGUGAACUUAAGGAAAAACAUCCUUAUUUGAACUUAACUUGGUCUGCUCUGGUACUUGGAAACAUACUACAAAAACACCAAACACCUACACGUUCUCCUCAUAAUGGCUGUGUAAAUGAAAACUUUUGUUUUGUCGGACAUAGUGUCCAGUGUGUCUUUGAUACGUCUGAGAGCAAAUAAACACAUUUGUCAUUUUUUAACAUUU